AACAUUCGACUUCCUUGUUUGUUGUUCUAUAAAAAGUUCACAAAUGAUAGCUUUGAAGUCAGUUGAAUUCUAACAGUUACAAAAUGAAGUUCUAUAUUCUAUUUACUAUCAUCUUUAUCGCUUCAAAAGCUCUAGGAUUAACACUUCCAUUUGGACAACAAAUAAACAUCACCCGGAACAUGUGUUUUCAAACUGUUGGCGUAUCGGCAGAAAAUAGACAGCGAAUUGAAAACUACGAUUAUCCAAAUACUCAAGAAACUUAUCGUUAUAUGAGGUGUAUUUUUGAGAAUCUAGAAUUAUGGAGUGAAGCUAAUGGAAUUCAAGAUCAAAGAAUUAAUGAAAUCUUGGAAGGACAAAGAGACCGUAGCAAUAUUUUGGAUGUUGUGAAAGGGUGCAAUGAAGAGUCAAGAACAGAAGAUCCGGAUGUGUGGUUUUAUAAUACUGUGGAUUGCAUUGCAUCGAAUGGAAAUGUUGGUGAAGUUUUGGAAAAUGUUUUCACAGCAAAUUAGAUAAAAACUAAAUGCAUACAAUCCGUUUGAAUUGAAAAUUGAGCAAAAAUUCAAUUAAAAUUUAAUAGGACCG